GUGGCUGGCUGUCGACAUUCGUGCAUCCCGUCCGACGCCAGCACAGAUCCUAUAUACUCGAGGGUUUCACGAUUUUUUCACGUUCCCGCAGAGUGUGCCAACACAUUUCGAUAUCGUGUGUUUCAUCCCGAUUGGCCUCACGCCAGAAAAAAAGCAACUGUUUUUAAUAGAGAUUGUGGAUUAUAACGUUCCAGCCAACAAGGAUUAACGGAUUAUUAUUCGCUGUGGGCAAUAUUAUACCUUUCAUUUCUCCGGAAAGCGGGAUCGCUCCUUUUAUUUUUGGUUGGGGGGAGUUGUUCGGGUUGAAGACAUCAAAGAGACGUCGUCUCCAAUAUAUCACGCAGAUAGAAAAUACCGGAGGAAUCCAGCCGCGUCGUCUUUGAUUUGACAGACAAUAGGCUGUUGAUGCUCCAGGAUUUUUUUUCGAGGGGGAUCGAGUAGGAUCUUUGAUAGAACGUGAAAUCGAGAGGUAUCAGAGAUUAGAGACUCAGCCCAAGAUGCCAAUGAACCGCUAUCUAUAUUCAAACUGACUAAUAACAAUAGCCCUAGACUCAUCAAACAAACAAAAGAAGUUGCAUCGGAAACAUCAGAGAGACGCGGUGGAAUUUCAACAGCAGCAGAAGCAGCAAGGGAAUUAUUUAGUAGGAGACCAUCAAGUUGCCGGCUUUAUACCGAGCAGCAGAGGCAAAGUUCAAGGAUGCAGAUGACGUACACUGGAGGAGCCCUGAUCAUGGCUUUGUUGAUCCUCCGUUUCCAGCGAGGAAUCGCCCAACUGCCUUCAUCCAUUGGCGGCGGUGGCGGCGGCUGCCCAGUGACGCAAUUUCGUUGCGCCAAUUCCGGUCGUUGCGUCAACCUCAACCUCUUUUGUGACGGCCGCAACGACUGCGGCGACAAUUCGGACGAACCAGCUCAAUGUACACAUUGCAACCGAACGUAUUACGCCGGGACUGGCGAGAGCUACAGACUCCUCGUGGCUUGGCCCAAACUCAAUCAGAUGCCAUUCCUCUGCUAUUUGACAUUCACCACAGCCACACCGCAGGACCCGUCACAACUACUCCAGGUUCGGCUGGACACGGCGACGAUCGGUCAGUAUGUGGUCCAACACAGUCAGAGUGCCGGUGAAGUGAACGGACGUUGCCCGGAUGGAUGCAUGCAGAUCUUGGAAGGCGCUGCCGGGCAGCCGGCAUUGGCCAAGCUCAGUGCUGCUAGUGGCAACAACAACAACACUGGAAACAACAAGCAAAUAGUCCCGGGCGCGUGGUGCGGGGCUUCCAUCACACCACGGUUCUAUUACGCGGAAUCAACAUCCGUCACGUUCGUCCUCCAUUUGCAAACGAUUCCGCAGAGUUUGCUGCAAAAGAGCAAAUCUCUGCUGAUGGUCGGUGACACUUUACCGUCGUCACUCUCGGCUCAACAACUUCAUCCCAUCCUGGAUCUCACCUACAAGGCCCUACCUCGAGCAUCCGCCAUUGUCCGGUACGGAUCGAAGAUGAAAUCCAGUAGUGCUCAUCUGCUGGGGGAACCAGUGGCUGGAACUGUCUGUUCCAGGGCAUUCCGCCAAUGUGGCAGCAGCAGCAAUUCUUCGACCAAUAAGACCUCGCAGCAGCAACAAGAAGAACAGCAAUGUCGUGUCCAAUCACCUGGAUAUCCAGGCAUCUACCCACGCAAUGCUCAGUGUGUCUACAAGAUUUCGCAUCGACCGUCGUCGUCUGCUCCUUCCGGAAGCAGGACCCGUCGUUACGUCAUUGUCUUGUGGCAAAACGACGGGCGAAAAAUCAAUUUGAGAGAUUGGGACCAGCCGACCAGAGAUGCCAGUGGACAACAGCAACGGGCCAGCAGGUCCAUGGCCGAAUGUGAGGCCAGCGGAGAUUACAUUACCAUUUACGACGGGUCGAGCACUCAGGCGCCCGUUUUGACUCGUUUUUGUGACGGCCCUUUGCCCGAGGUCGUGUCCAGUUCGGCCGACGUCACGGUCGAGUUUCGCAGCUCGGCGCUGGACACGAUUUACGCCGCUUCGACGGCCAUCGAAGGUUUCGAACUCAAAGUGCGGAUUGUGUCGGUUGAAUCGCUUCCAUUUCAACUGCCGGCGGCGACGUCGACGACGGCCAGCAGUGCCGCUGAUAGUACGAUUAUCAGUUCGAGUGGUGGCAGCAGCAGCAGCAGCCGCACAAUCAUCACGGGAACGAGUAACAACAAGUGCCAGUGGAACGUGACGAGUAGCGGAUUAUCCCGGGGGCAACUCAGUUCGCCCGUCCAGACGUGGCCCCUACGGACCACCUGUCAUUUCCGGUUUGUGGGGCGACCGGACGAGCGAGUUUGGAUCUAUUUCGCCAAAUAUCAUUUUGAAAAGGAGAAGAAACGUCAGCAGCAGCAGCAGCAGCAACAACAACAGCAGUGCCGCAAUGCCCUGAGGAUAGCCGAAGGCGACGGAUUCGGAUGGGAUCCAACUUCAUCCGCCGUUGCCAACGGAACAAUCCGGCUCUUUUGCCGGGAUACGAAACCGCCCCCGCUGUGUGAAAGGCAAUUGUCUGUGCUGCAAUCGAAUUCGCGGGAUCAUUUCGUUCCUCCUCCGCCGUGUCUGGUGGGCGAAAGUUUCGUGUCGCAAGGAUCGACGCUGAGUGUUCAGCAAUAUCUUCCGGAAGGCACGGCUUUCUCGGCCUGGAAGUACGUUCUGGCCUACGAGUUUUUUCGCCAGAGUCAAGACGGCCAGCCUUUGGCGGAAGUUGAUGGCUGGACGAUCAAUAAGGACAAGACGAAGCCUUUAGCAGCAGCCGAUUGCAACCGACUGCUAAGUGUUCAGGGAAACCAGCCGGGAAUGGAGCUGCGCGGAAGCGUCAAAUCUCCUCAGAACGUCUUUUUAUUCGGGCGCGGUGGAGCCCGUCACCUCAAGUGCGUCUAUCGGUUCCAGGGAGAGGAGACGAUGCGAGUGGCCGUCGAAGUGACCCGCCUUCGCCUCGGGGGACGACCUGGUAGUCAGUGCCACAGUCGCCUGGAUCCGCUGACCCACCAGCGCCGCUGUCACAUUUUACGGUCGGAUUACUCGCCGGCAGCGGCUGGCGGCAAUGGAUCGACCACUACCACCUCAACGGCUUUCCUCCAGUUGAGGGAACGGCCAUGGGCAGGGCAGACUGCCGGACACAACGUCCUUCUCCAGAGGGACUGUCUCUGCGACACUGCCGGCCUCCAGCUGCCGUUCCGUUACGUCUCGACGGGCAGCGCUGUCGAAGUCGUCUUCCAAGUGACGGGAAUGACUCACGCCGACGACUAUCACGAUUUUUUUUUCGAAAUCUCUUACGAAUUCCUCGGGGGAAGUCCAGGAACGAGUAGCGGUAUGAAAUGCGCCAGCCAAUCAGAAUUGAAGCCGUUGCAGGGCCCAGGAGGAAUCAUCAAACUGGACGGGCUGCGGGGCCUGACGCUGGGCCGACAAAAUUCCGUCUGCAAUCGACAGAGUUGGUUCCUUUUGCCGAGCCGAGCCGACCGUUUCUUUUUCCUAUCCGCCAACGGAUUCCUCAUGAAUAAUCAAUCGAAUGGAGAAGAAGAAUCCGGCGCUGCUAUCGAUUGCCCCACCAAGAAUCGAAUUGUCGUUUAUUCGGACAGACAGGCUGACGGUCGCCCGCUUGCCGUCAUUUGCCCGUCUCUGAACCCGGAAGGAGGAGUCAAGAUUUUCAGUUCAACGUUCAACGCCGAGGACGCGGUAAAGUCCCUGGACCUGGAGAAUGAGGACGAAUGGCGCAACCAAUCGUCGCAGGACGUGAGCGGAGGCGUCGUGAUUGAAUUCAUCGCCAUUCAAAGUGGCUCGUACACGAUGAAAUGGCUGGAACUGACACCGCAAUCCGUCCUCAACCCCUUCAACAACAAAUCAAUGCUGACUGGAGUGGUGAUACCUCAUCUCGGCUCCGUUUCAUCACCUCCGUCGCAGCAACUCUAUCCGUGGUUCUUUUGCUCCACCUGGUGCCCGGAACUCAAGGCCUGCAUUGACUCUCAAUUGUGGUGCGACGGCGUCUACGAUUGCCCUUCGGGGGUCGACGAAUCAGACCAGCAGUGCUUGCACUCGACCCCGACAACAUCCAACAACGACAACAAUCAACCACCCGGCACCCGAAUCUCGUCGUGGAGCGUCCCCAAAGUCUACUGGUAUUUGAUUGCAGCCGGAAGUACGUUGCUGUCCCUCUUUGUCGUCGUUUCGUCCGUCAUGGUCUGUCGCAACGGUCAGCAUCCGCUCAAACAGCCCGGUUAUAACGAUCAGAACAACGCAACCGAUCCUGCUGGGCUCGUUUCCAGUCCGUCGCAGUCGUCGCCAGGUGCCGCCGGAGGAUCUUUCCGGCCGCUGCCAGUAGCGGCUCUCAACGACUACGUCUACCAACAACCGGACAACGGGAUCAUCGGCAGCAAUCGGUCGGUCGUUGUCGGCGGUCCUAACAUCAAGAUAGUCGGCGGCGGCGGAUCCAAAUCGGAUGGAAUAAACAAAGUUCCGUCCUUGUACCAUUACGAUAAGAAAAUGGCCGUCUCUUGACAAUCGGCCAGCACUUUGGAGAGCGACGAUCUGGAUCUGGAGACGACCGUUUGAGAAUACUAGUGCGGAAGCGAAACAUUUUAUUGCCAAAAAUGAAAUGCAGUCUACAGGAAAUCAAAUCUCAUUGCAUGACAAAUCACAAAGUGGCGGGAAAAAAUGUUUGAAUGUACUCGCCACCACCGGGCUCAAUGUUGAAAUAGGAUGCCUGCUGCUCGGCCAGCCACAGAUCGUAGCCGGUGUCGAUAUCAAUGCUGCACUCUGCGCUCAUCUCUACGAAGGAAAUCCUUGCAACAGGAACAAAAUAACAAAGUUUUGUUGGUUUGUUUUCUAUGAAAUAUUUUAAAAAAAAUUUGUACAUAUUUGAUCUCUGUGUUAUCUAAUUUUAAGGGCCAUUCCACUGCAUCGUAUUACGUGUACAUGAUCAUUCAAGAGUUUCUAAUGAGCAUUUCCAAUAAGAAAAAGAUGAAUAAUAAUAAUAAUAAAAAUGGGAAUUUUCUAUGCA